AUGGCCAAUCCCCCCGGCGAUUGGCCUCCUGCCUUAAGGGCGCUAGCUAGCCGCUCGUUUGCUGCCUGCACAGAUGCGAAUCGACAAGCUGUGAGCAACGAGCUGAAAGCUCUCAUCUUUCAAGCUGUGCAAGAUGGGUCACUCCAUACAAAGGACUGGUCGCGUGUACACCUUCGUUCGUUGACGCCUGGUACACGCCCGCCUAAACCGAUGCCUACGCCAGGGAAAAAGCGAGGCGCUGCGUCGGACACCAAAUGGACGCCCAAGGCGAGCAAAUCACCACGGCCUGCGUUUGGUCUACAAGAAGACGCUGAACGUCGCGAAAAGCGGCAACGUCGUUUCGAGCAGGAGCAGGCGGCAUUCCAGCGAGAGCAACAAGCGGAUCUUCACUCUGCGAUAGCAUCGACGAGUCUGGGCGGCCGUCUCGGUGCCGCUGUGUCUUCGCCUCUCGCUACCUCCACGCCGCCGCCUGAGCCCAAUCCCAAUGUGAUCGACUGGGAUGCGCAUACCAUUGUCGGGACGUCGACCAAGCUGGAGAAGCCAUACCUGCGUCUUACGUCUGCGCCAGACCCCAAGACAGUACGCCCCUUGGCGACACUACGCAAGACGCUCCAUUUGCUGACGCAGAAAUGGAAAGCAGAGAAGAAUUAUGCUUACAUUUGUGAUCAGUUCAAGAGUAUGCGCCAAGAUCUCACCGUGCAGCGGAUCAAGAAUGACUUUACAGUGCAAGUCUACGAGACGCAUGCACGCAUUGCCCUUGAAAAGGGCGAUUUGGGUGAAUACAACCAAUGCCAAACACAGCUUCGCUCCUUGUACGCAUACGAUUUGCCUGGGUGUACGCAUGAAUUCCUUGCGUACCGUAUUUUAUAUCUAUUGCAUACACGCAAUCAACGCGAUAUCAAUGCGCUGAUGGCCGAGCUCAGCGAGGCGGACAAGCGAGCGCCUGCUGUUGCUCAUGCUCUGCAUGUACGUACUGCGAUGCGAGCAGGGAACUACCAUGCCUUCUUUCAGCUCUAUCAAACUGCGCCCAAUAUGAAUGCCUACAUCAUGGAUCACUUUAUGGAGCAUGCGCGUGUGCAAGCGCUCCUCAUUCUCGCCAAGUCGUUCCGUCCGUCAUGUGCGCUUACGUUCCUCGCGCGUGAGUUGGGGUGGGCCGAUGUUGCUGAAGCGGAUGCCUUCUUGCAGUCCGUACAGGCAGCUAUCUACGUGACGGACGUGCCACGGUUGGAAGACGCGCAAUGGGAUGCCAAGCGCGCACAGGAACCGCUAUCUCAAGCCAUGGGGCGAUACCGCCAUGUUGAUAUCAAAGGACAACUGUAG